AUGCUGUCCACAAGGGCGACCACCAGACGGAUAGCGAGGUGCUGCUCUUCGCGAGCGCGACCGUCGACCGUCGCAGCGCUCACUCGACCACUUUCCUCCGUCGCACCAGCCUCAACCCCCCUCGGACACCCUCCACGGCCUCUCCCUCCUCCACCGACGACGCCUUGCGAUCAUUGGCUGCUCUGCUCGAUCGGUAUCCGCUCUUGGGUGAUUCUCGCUGGCCAGAACGGAUACGACACGCCUCGCAUCGGCUCAAUGACCCCUCUCAGAACACCCGUGCGACCAUAGCCUGUCAGUUCAGCGUACACAUCCGAUCAUACUCCGACCAGGAACUCACACAGCUCAUCAACAGUCGCGGGUGAUCAUUGGAGUGGGGUCUCCCCCAUCGUCACCGCCAUGCUGGACGAACCGCUCGCGUCGAAUGCUCAAGUCAGUUUGGCCCUUGCCGCCCGACAUCUCCGGCUCACCGACUCGGAAGUGCUCACCAUAAAGUCAGUCCGAGAGCGAGACGGACCAUACGCCGGUAGAGCUGUCUCUGACCAUUCGCGUCCACCACAGACCAGGCGAUGUCCCCCGUGCGAACGUGAGCACGAACGAACUCGAGCUGCCCUCGGCUUGGCUCGAAGCACAUCGCGUUCAAGUGGUCGAGUUGAUACACGGUGGUCAGUUGGGGGAUGCUUCAAGCAAGAUGAGCUCAUAAUCAAGCUCACUUACGACAUCGCUUCGUCUUGACAGACCUAGCGCCGAAACAAGUUUCGCUCGACUCGCUCUUCUCCUCGGACGUUGUCGUGCUCGUCCUUUCGAGCGAUCGAGCUCUCUCCCCAGCUUCGACACGGUCCUUGCUCAACGAAAUCAAGGGCAAACCCAACCUCAUCCUCGCACUCAAUACGCUCGAUGCGUCCCCUUCGAGCGCCGCCUCCUCACUCCGAUCCCUCUCCCACCAACUGUCGACCCUGUACCCGUCCUCCAAAGACGAGUCCGAGAUCAUCGCCGUCUCGUCCGAGCAGGCCUCUUCCGCAUUGAACUCGUUACAACCGGCAGAGGCGACAUCCCAACCCGACUCGUUCGAACACUUCCAGAGCGCCUUCAUGAAAUCCGGCGUCCCGUACCUCAAGGACGAGGUCAAGCGACUCAUUUCGUCCGUUGACCGGCCGACACUGCACCGCCAAGCGGCCGAGUUCACGCUCGACAAGGCGAUCGAGGCCAGUGCGGUUGAAGGCGCCAAGAUCCAGGAUAGCUUACAUAAAGUUGAGACCGAUAUCGCUGCUCUCGACUUUAUCAUUGACGAAGCGACCUCGGCCGUGCUGGCUUCCCUCGGCGUCGGCUCGCAAGGGUUAAAAGUCCCCGAGGAACAUAUGCAAAACUCGAUGAAGGCGCUGCGACAAGUUCUCGACCACCAGCUGGCAUGGUACGUCCUCCCUUGGAAGACGGACGAGCUCGUCGCGGAGAUCGCUCUCGUCACAGGCACGACCUACCUUGUCGAUUUCGAACAACACCUGCUCUAUUCGACGGGUCGCCUCGAUUCGCUCGCCAACACCUUGUCGCAAAAGACGAACGAACUCGUCCAAACGCGCGCAUUCCUCCCUCCUCAAUCAUCGACCUCCGCACCACUCGCUUCAUUGCAUUUUCCCGUGCUUUUGAACCAGAUCCAACAAGCCGAAAAAGAGUCACGCGUUUCAGCUUCGACCACACUGAUCAGUCCAUUGCACCUUCGACGCAACCAAAUCACCUGCCCCGGAGGACCGGCCGAAACGCUGCAAGCCAAAGCGCAAAAACUGGUCGUCGAAGCUUCGUCCAUGACGACGGGCUCAAUCCUCGCCGGUGUAGGAUUGGAGGUCACCCAUUACGCCGAUCUAAUGACGAGUGCGGGCGUCGGCUUGUUGGGCGUCACUUUGGCGGCUUGGGGUUUGCAGAGGGGGUGGGGGAAGGCCAAGAUGAGGUUCGAAAAGGAUGUUCAGCAGCGCGUGAGGAGUGGUUUGGAAGAGGAUUUAGGGGUGAGUUUUUAGAGCGGGCCAAGGGGCAGACGCACCCCACGAGAGAUUCGCACUUGAUAACCCCUUUGCUCGAGAGGCUUUGAGUGAAGGACAGCUGACUCACUUGCGCCAUGCCCAUUGAUUGCACCAGAUCGCGGCGAAGAACCUCGUCGACCGAAGUACGUACAUGGCUCGCACGGCCGUCGCUUUAUCCUCGAGUCUGCUGGAGCAGAGGAGAAACGAGUUCGACGCGUUCCAACGUGAUUUGAGGGCGAUCGACGAGCGGAGAAGGGAAUGA